AUGAAUAGCAUAUAUCCCCACUUAUCCUUAUUGACUUUCUUAUUAUUGAUAAGCUCGAUCGACAGUCGCCAGAUCACAGUUAAGAAUUCAUGUAAAUCAACAAUUUGGCCAGGAUUACAUUCAGGUGAUAAUAAGACCCAACCGUUUGAAGCUCGAGGAUGGGAACUCGGACCCAAACAGGAAGAUACAUUUCCGGUUCCUGACGAUUGGACUUCAGGUAGGAUAUGGGCAAGAACAGGUUGUACGAUUAACGAAUUGGGUUUAUUCGUUUGUUUGACUGGAAAUUGUGGUAAUGGAUCUGCUACUGAUUCGAUUUGUCACGUCUCGAAUGAUCCUCCUGCCACACUUGCCGAAUUCACUCUUUCACCUAAUGGUUCAGACAAUUAUGAUAUCAGUCUAGUUGAUGGCUUCAACGUUCCCUUGAAUAUAUAUAACUCUGAUCCGAAAUGCACUUCACCGAUAUGCGAAGGAAAUAUAAAUAAAUAUUGUCCAUCCGUUCUUAAGACUGGAUUAGAUACAAAUGGUAUCAAUUUAGGUUGUAUGACACCUUGUAAUGCUGGAUUUGGUGAUGAGUUAUACGGUAAUAGAGCUUGUUGUACUGGUGCAUAUGGGAAUGAUAGCAUGUUAUGUGAAUCUUGCGGAAUGGAUUACUAUGAUUUAUUUAAAGAUAAUUGUAAUCAAGCUUAUGCUUACGCAUACGAUGAAAAAUCCGGAACGUUAUUUCAAUGUGAUUCGACACCGACAUCUAUGCCUAAUUAUACUAUUGAAUUUUGUCCGAAUGAUUCUGAAUAUAUAGGUCAAAUCGAACCUGACCUUAAAUAUCUUGGAUCAACAGCUACCUGUUCAAGUAUAGCUACAUAUUUCGAUGAAACUUUCUCAAUCAGACCUAGUCCAACUAAAAUACUCACUAGUGGGACUUUGGAUGUCGUCGCUACAGUAGCUACUGGUAUCAAUGGAGCAGCUGCUAUCCAACUCGAUGGUAUUGGGUCUGCAGCUACAGCCACAGCUACAGCUUCUUCCACAUCUCAAAAUGCCAGUCCUGCAAGUGGUAUAACCACAACUUCAUCUCCUACAACUUCUGCUACCUAUCCUUCGGGAUCGGACAGUGAGACUCGAUCGGAAAGUGAGGCCCAAACGAACUUAGGUAUAGUCAGUGUACCACAGACCAUUGGACCUGCAAUUCCAGGUAUCUCAGUCGUGAAUCAUAUGGUCGCACUAGAAGAGACUACAACAUCGGUGCAACCUUCAUUUGGAACGUCGGAAUCACCAUCAACUUCUGCGCCUCAAACAUCUGAACCCAUCACUUCAACCCGAAUUCAUACGAUAGUCACUACGACUACUCUACCUGACGGUUCAUCUAGCACUUACGAACCAAAAGUGACUUCUGCAUUUACCGUGAUUAACGGAAACACUCUCUAUCAAGUUUUGGGUGGGAGUAAAACCGCUCAAGUGGAAGGUCAUAGUACACAGGGCGCCGCACAGGGUCAAUGGUUGAAAGCUGUUCCUAUGCAACAUGCUGGAUAA